CCCCGCACCGCUCCCGCACCGCUCCCGCACCGCUCCCGCACCGCUCCCGCACCGCCGCCAUGAGCUGCCCCGUCACCUGCGCCGCCUGGGUGCGCUGCGGCGUUGCCAAGGAAACGCCGGACAAGGUGCAGCUCAGCCAGGAGGAGCUGAACCGCCUCAUCGGGGAGGCCCAGGACAGGCUGGGGGAUGACCCUGGUGGUAGCGAGGAGGGCCAGAUGGCACCUGGCACGAAUGUAGCCGUUCCUGACAGACCUGAAUCUUCUCAUAAAGAUGAAGACCGGUCUGAUGAUGAACUGGAAGAAUAUGAUUUGGAAAAUUAUGAUGAAGAGGAAUACACAGGUGAUUUAAAACUUGGAGACUCUUUGGCUGCUUUAACAGUAUAUGGGAGCAAUGAUCAUGAUCCUUACAUCACUCUCAAAAGCACUGAUCAGUAUGAACAGGAGGACUUUUUGAUUAAGCCCAGUGACAAUCUUGUCCUUUGUGGCAGAGUUGAUAAAGACUACUGUAGUUUGGAGGUUCAUGUUUAUAAUCACGAAGAGAACUCAUUUUAUGUACAUCAUGAUAUUCUCUUGCCUGCUUACCCUCUAAGUCUGGAAUGGUUGAAUUUUGAUCCUAGUCCUGAUGAAUCACUAGGAAAUUAUGUUGCAGUCGGUAACAUGACCCCAGUUAUUGACAUUUGGGACCUUGAUAUAGUAGAAUCCUUAGAACCAGUCUUUUCUCUUGGAAGCAAGAAAGAGAAAAAGAAGAAAAAGAAAGGAAAGAAAAGUUUAUCUUCAGAAGAGACAGUGAAAGGACAUACUGAUGCUGUGCUUGAUCUUUCAUGGAAUAAACAAAGCAGGAAUGUUUUAGCAAGUGCGUCUGCUGACAAUACUGUGAUUCUGUGGGAUAUGUCUGUGGGUAAUCCAGCAGCCAGCCUGAUGCUACACACAGACAAGGUCCAGACAGUGCAGUUUCAUCCAUUUGAAACUCAGACCCUUAUUUCUGGAUCUUACGAUAAAUCAGCUGUGCUGUAUGAUUGCAGAAACCCACAAGAUAACCAUCGAGUGUGGCGGUUUAGUGGUCAGGUUGAAAGAGUAACCUGGAAUCAUUUCUCCCCGUGUAAUUUCCUAGCAAGCACAGAGGAUGGCUUUGUGUACUGUCUGGAUGCUCGUGCUGAUAAGCCACUGUUUACUCUGAAGGCUCAUGAUGAAGAGGUGUCAGGGCUACAACUAAGCAGUCAGAUCAAAGGAUGCCUUGUGACAUCAUCUGCUGACAAAUUUGUGAAAAUUUGGGAUAUCCUGGGAGACAGACCAAGUUUAAUCCAUUCCAGAAAUAUGAAAAUGGGUGUUCUUUUCUGUGCAGCUUGCUGCCCUGACUUCCCGUUUGUAUUUGCCUUUGGAGGAGAGAAAGAAGGGCUACGUGUUUGGGAUAUAAGCAAGGUUUCUGCAGUGAAUGAAGUUUUUGGAAACAGAGAGAGACUUGUUUUGGCUAAUGCCAGCUCUGUGGCUCGCAGCUCAACGGCCAGCAGUAGCAGCAACUAUUCAGAGACACCAAUGGAAUCAUGAUGGACCAAACAUCACAUAAUCAAAGUAAUUAAUGGGACUACGACUAAUGUGCAUUCUACAAAUCUCCCUCUUUGGUGACAGUUCAUAGAAAUCGCCCAAGUGUCUUUCAAUCUGUAGGCUGCUUCAUCUCAGAGAAAGAAACAUGGUGGUGUGGUUAAGCUCUGACUCAGCAGUUCUAAGUUCCUGCUUCUAUUAUCAGCUUUGAAAGAUUAAAUCACCUGAUUUUGCCUGAGAUGAUCCCUGAAACAGGAGUUAGUUACUAUGUUUAAAGUUGAUAUAUAAAAUGGUCACUAGAAAAGCAUCCUACUGCUACGUGAAAUUUGUUGAAUACUGCAAAGAAGGUAAGGGCAUCAAGAAGAAUACUUCAGGCAGCAGUUGUGUAAAAAAAAAAUGAAAGUUGAAUGAAAUUACAAGUGUAAAUAGAUAAUUUAUCCUUAAUUUGAGACUCGAUUUACAGAUCUAUAAUACAGAUUUUAGAAGUGCUUCUAUGUAACUUUUUUAAGCCUUAAGAAUAUUUCUUGGGCAGUAAGUCAGUCACAGAAUUAUAGAAUUGUUAGUUAGAAAAGGCCUCUUAAGAUCACUAAGUCCAAUUGUCAACCCAAAAAAACCCCACCAACAAAACACCAUGCCUUGAAAUAUUGAAAUGGGUCAAUAUCAAACCAGAAAUAUCCCAGCUCUAUCCCAUCAAGAUGAAGCGUUUCCAUAGGACUUGAAGCUUACUGAUGUGGCAUGUAUAUUAGGUUUCUCUUCCAGCUCCAAAUGUAAUAUGUAUAGAAUGUGAACUGCAAUAAGCAGGGUGAGAGGCCGUCAGGACACAAAGCGAGGGUAGGGAUCUCAGCUGGUCACUGGUGAAAGCUGUCCAUGUUAUGUGCUCCUGUUCUUAACUUCUCCCAGACACUUUUGCCUCGUACCUGAAGGCACAGAGGAACAUUUUGACUAUCAGCCUAACCACUGACUUAAACGCUUCAUUUCUAGCAUCAGGAAGCUAGUUAAGGCAUGUGACUCAAACCAUUUCUUCACAUUUAAAGUGAACCCCCAAGUGCCUUACCCCAGGCCAGAAGGUAAAUUAUUUUCUUACCCUCCUGUGAAGUGCUUCCCUUGCCACAUACUGGAAGGUGUCUAUUAAAACUGCUGCUGCUGCAAAAAAUGCCCUGGGUAUUAAAGCAUCUGGUACCAGAGCAGCCCUAGUGUCAGGAAACACAGCUGACAAGAUGUUACCACUGCUUCCCCCCCUAGCUCCUUGUAACUUAUCCUUGUGAGGUAAAGCAGGUAACUGUAGCAGUACAAACUGCAGCGGGAGGAAAGGCAGGGCUGCAGAUUUCCUUCCCAUCCCUUGGAGUUAAAUGGCUGUUUCUAAAUCCAACAUAGUUGUUUCUAGUCUGGUGACAGGUGUUUAGCAUGGCUCUGCAGGAACCAAGGACAUUCUGGAUGUGCCUCAGUCCUUUCUCUACCAAGCAAUAGUGAACAAUGUGUAGACAACAAAGGAACAACUGCUUUAGUGAAGUUUAAGAAGGUGAAAGCAUCGGAACCACUUCUGUUCAAGUGCUCUCCCCUGAAAAGCUGCAAGUUCUUCAAAGCUUCCAUUUGAAAUUGAUGGUUCAUGUUAACAGAAGUGAUUACCCUUGAAGAGUUUUAUCUCCACCUCUGGUAUUAACUGGCAGUGUAGCUCUACCAGUUGCUUUUUUGCUUUAGGAAGCAAUUGUGUUACCUAAAUAAAAAUCCCUCAAACUA